UUCAUAACUCAGACUGCAUUUCCUCAAAGUGCAUCGCUUGGCAACGACGAUCUAACGCAUUUGUCACGAGCUUCAUUUGAUUUCGCUUUAAGGGAUAAGACAUACCAAAUAAACCAAAUAAGGAAUUACGCUACAAAACGGGAGAUCUUCUCUCAGGAAUGAUGGAAAUUGAAUUACCAAAAAUGCAUCCGAGCCAGCAGGACAUGGAGCUGAUAGAUAUCCUGUGGAGGCAGGACGUGGAUCUCGGAGCGAGGAGGGAAGUGUUUGAUUUCAGCUACAGACAGAAGGAGGUGGAGUUGCGUCGACAGCGGGAACAAGAAGAGGAGAAGCAGCAGCAGCGAUUGCGAGAGCAGGAGAAAGCUCUGCUCGCCCAACUCCAGCUGGACGAGGAGACGGGGGAGUUUGUGCCGCGGAUAUCUCCGGCCGGCGGACCGUUGGCCCAAGCUGACACGACAGGCGUCCAGAUCACACAGAAUGAAGCGUUCACUGUGGAGGGAGACGCCAUGUCAUUCGAUGAGUGCAUGCAGCUCCUGGCUGAGACAUUUCCUCUUAAUGAGCCGACAGAGUCGGCUUCAACCUGCUUGGAUCCCUCCAUUCCCUCACCCACAGACUCCGUGAUGCCCCAAAAUAUGGCUGCCUUUACCCAGAAUCCUUUGCUGCCGGAUUCUCUAGAUCAGGCUUGGAUGGAGCUACUCUCUCUUCCAGAGCUACAGCAUUGUCUCAGCAUGCAGAUGCAGGAGACGGUGAAUGUGGAUGGAUUUAUGACCCCGUCAGAAGAACCACAAGACACAAACUACAGCCGAUACCUGCCCGGGAUGGACCAUCUCGCCUCCGGCCAAGUAGAAGUGCAUCCUCCUGAAUACAUCAAUGCUUAUGAUGGAUCCUUUAAUAGUAUGGUUUCACCCAACCUCAGUCAGAUGAAUCUGAACGCUCCAGAUGUGAGCUCUAAGUUCCGAUCGGAGGAAUUUUGUGAAUUGUAUUAUCCCGAGAUGGACGUUAAAGUGAACACUGGUAUUUUGUCGCCCGACGAUGCAAACGUAGUCAGUGAGCUGGCUGAGAUUUCCAGCGAUCCUCCGGUGAACCCCAUGGAUCUUUACAGCUUCUCUCCUGGAAACUUCACCUCGGAAAAUCAAGAAAAAAUUCCGGAAUUCCAAGAUUCAGAUUCCGGUUUGUCGUUAGAUGCGAGCCCUAAUAUAAGCUCUCCUGGGAAGUCUCUGCACGAAGAUGGAUCCUUCGGUUUUAGCGACUCCGACUCUGAAGAGAUGGAUGGUAGUCCGGGAAACGCGGAGUCAGAUUAUACAGAGAUAUUCCCGCUGGUUUACCACAGCGAUGGAAUUCAAGUGCUUCUCUCCGAGAAAUCACCCACCGACUCAGAGGAGAUGAAAGUGAAAAACGCAAAGACAGACGCGGCGGAGGCCAACGGUCACUCCAAACCACCUUUCACCAAAGACAAGCUGAAGAAACGCUCUGAGGCCCGGCUCUCCCGUGACGAACAGAGAGCGAAAGCCUUGCAGAUCCCGUUUACCGUGGACAUGAUCAUCAAUCUGCCCGUGGACGACUUCAACGAAAUGACGUCCAAACACCAGCUCAACGAAGCUCAGCUCGCUCUCAUCAGAGACAUCCGACGUCGUGGCAAGAACAAGGUUGCAGCACAAAACUGCCGCAAGAGGAAGAUGGAAAACAUCGUGGGCCUUGAGUACGAGCUGGACUCGCUGAAGGAGGAAAAAGAUCGUCUGACGCAGGAAAAAAGCGAACGUUCUACCAGUCUGAGAGAGAUGAAGCAACAGUUAAAUACUCUGUACCAAGAAGUCUUCGGUAUGCUAAGAGACGAGCAGGGCAGGCCUUUCUCACCCAAUGAAUAUUCACUUCAGCACACCGCCGAUGGCACAGUUUUCCUCGUUCCUCGCCUUAAAAAGCCUCUUGUGAAGAACAACUAGCCUGGCUCCUUCUCUCUCUCUCGUUCCAUACUUGCUUCUGUUGUUUGGUAACACUUUUCUCUUGCGAACACCAUGUCUUAACCAGGCACGAACCAGCAGCAAGACAUUUAGAUGGUCACUAUUGGUUUCUGUGUGUGGAAAUGUGCCGGGGUAGCCCACCAUGAUUGGUCCAAAAUUCUGUUACACAUUAUAUGAAAUUUUAAUUAUAUGUCAUUGACUGUCAGAAAGUGCAGUGGUUUCACAUUGAAUGUAGAGAGAGACAUCAUGCCUGGUUACAACACAGUGUACGUUUAUGCACAAGUAAAACUAAAUAGGAGCGUAUUUUGCUUAUAGAUCAACUAUUGAAAUGGCAGAACUAUUAUAUACGUUUUGCGUAUUCUACUUUCUUAAUAUUCUUAAUUUUGUACACUAUAUUUUCUCUAAGAUUCAUUUAUCUGAAUGGUUUGUAAAUACAUUUAUACUUUAUUUGCUAUUGAAAUAGGGCCGAUGUACUGUAUAGUAAAUUAGAUCAGAUUUUAGGAUGCUGUAUGCUAAUAAUUGGUGAUUAUUUUAAGUCUGCACUUAAGUCUGUUUUUAUAUGUUAAUUUACAGAUGUAUUGCGAUUUUAUCUACUGAUUUUAUGGCUUUAUAAUAAAUAAAUAUAUUUAAAGCAGUUUUGUCUA